AUGGGCUGCUGCCAAGACAAGGACUUUCAGGCCUCCGAUGAUCAGGCUAAGGAGGCUGAUUCGGAGGAAGUCGAAGGCACCGAAGAGGUCGAUAUGGACUCGCCGGACCAAAAGACUCUCAAGUCGAACGAAAGCGUUCUGAUCACCGUGCUGUGGCGGCGGCUAUCCCUGUGCAGCCGUCGGGGCUCUCGUGCAAACAAGAGGCACUCAGUCCAGAGUCAAAAGCAUGCGUUACAGCAGAGCAAGCGGGAGGGGAUCCUGGAGGAGCCGGAGAAGGGGUGA